AACCUACUGUUCUGUAGACAGCUUUCCCAUUGCCUCAGUUCAGGAUUUCCACUCCAGAAUCAGCAGCUAAAUGAGAUCAUGAUUUUGGAAGGAGCUGGCAGGAUGAGUAUCAAUUCCAGCAGCAAUCUACUCCACCAGCAGCCUUCCUGGACAGACGGAUAUUCCACAUGCAACGUAUCCAGUAGCUUCUAUGGAACCCAGUGGCACGAAAUACACCCGCAGUACUGGACUAAGUUUCAAGUCUGGGAGUGGCUGCAGCACCUCCUUGAUACCAACCAACUGGAUGCCAACUGCAUACCUUUCCAGGAGUUUGAUAUCAAUGGGGAACAUCUGUGUAGUAUGAGCCUGCAGGAAUUCACUCAGGCAGCUGGGACAGCAGGACAACUGCUUUACAGCAACCUCCAGCACCUAAAAUGGAAUGGUCAGUGUGGAAGUGACAUGUACCAAUCUCAUAAUGUCAUUGUGAAGACAGAGCAAACAGAUCCAUCAUUAAUGGUGUCCUGGAAAGAAGAUAAUUAUCUUUAUGACAGUGGCUAUGGUAGCACAGUAGAGUUAUUGGACAGUAAAACAUUCUGUCGUGCUCAGAUUUCCAUGAUGACACCUAGUCACCAAUCUUCUGACUCUUCAGACGCAAAAAAAUCGCAAGAUCAUACCCCAAAGUCCCACACCAAGAAGCACAACCCUCGAGGAACUCAUCUUUGGGAAUUUAUUCGAGAUAUUCUUCUCAAUCCUGAGAAAAACCCAGGAUUAAUCAAGUGGGAAGACCGAUCAGAAGGUGUCUUCAGAUUUUUAAAAUCUGAAGCUGUGGCUCAGCUGUGGGGAAAGAAGAAGAACAACAGCAGCAUGACUUAUGAGAAACUCAGCCGGGCUAUGAGAUACUAUUACAAAAGAGAAAUCCUUGAGCGCGUGGAUGGUCGGAGAUUAGUGUAUAAAUUUGGAAAGAAUGCCCGUGGUUGGAGAGAAAAUGAAAAUUAAAUAUAUAUCAAGAAAUAACAUUUAAAACACAUGGAUGUAAAUAUUCAAAGACUAUUUUCUUAUAUUUAUGUACCAAACUGGGGUGAAAAAACAAUUCUACUUCUGUCGGGAAGAAAAAACAUUAUCAUUAUUGGUGUUAAAAUUAUUUUAUUUGAAGUAUGUCCUGUAUGGGGAAAAAAUGUACACAGUUUUCUGUGAUAUAAGUUAACAUUAUAGAAUUAUGAUUAUUUUUC